GCACUUCCGUCAGUAUCACCGUGACGGUAGCUGGCAACCCAUGAUUCCCAAUUCGCUGGCGAUUCUGCUAUGGGUAUUCUUCGUUCAUCUCGCCGGCAUAUAUCUAUUCACCAGUGGAUUCCUACUGACAAGGCUAGCACUGACAGAGACAACGACAUGCACGGAAUGCACGCUGGCACCGACGCAUACACGGGCAGUAGUCCUCAUCAUUGACGCCCUUCGCUUCGACUUUCUUUCACCAAAUCCUCCAAUUCCCGUGUCGCCGUUCCACCACAAUAUUCUGAGUCUCCCUCAGCAGCUCACGGCGUCGCGUCCAGCUCACUCUUUUCUCUUCAAUGCAUACUCUGAUCCACCUACGACCACCCUUCAGCGAAUCAAAGGUCUUACCACCGGCUCCCUUCCCACUUUUGUCGAUCUCGGAAACAACUUCGGCGCGUCUUCAAUCGCUGAAGAUUCAAUCAUGAACCAAUUGCAGCUUGCAGGAAAAUCAGCCGCCUUUAUGGGAGACGACACGUGGAUUUCCGUGUUUCCAGACUCAUUCGGUCCCAACAUGUCUUUCCCGUACGACUCGUUCAACGUCGAGGACCUUCACACUGUCGAUGAGGGCGUCAUCACCCAUCUCUUCCCUCUGUUAGAGGACCAAAGCAAACCCUUUGAUUUUCUCAUUGGUCAUUUUCUAGGGGUCGACCACGUCGGUCACAGAGUCGGCCCUGAUCACCCAGGCAUGAAAGCAAAGCUUGAACAGAUGAACGACGUGCUGAAACGCGUCGUCGAGCUUCUAGAUGACAACACACUCCUCGUCGUUCUUGGCGAUCACGGCAUGGAUAGGUCUGGAGAUCAUGGCGGCGACGGAUCUCUGGAAACCUCCUCGGCGCUAUGGAUAUACAGCAAAGGGCCCCAACUGUCCCGAGAACUGUCUUCCCUCCCCUCCGGCGUCCUACAAUACUCAACUUUUCCCGGGGCACCUCUUCCCCAUCGGUCUGUACAACAGAUCGACCUUCUCCCCACUCUGUCUCUCCUUCUUGGUCUCCCAAUUCCGUUCAAUAACCUCGGCUCCGUUAUUCCAGAGCUUUUCUGGAGGAACGACAAAGGCACAGACUUCUCCCAGGCGCUACAGCUCAACGCUGCGCAGAUAUAUCGCUAUCUAGAAGCCUAUCGCUCCAGCGCAUCGGGCGGGGAAUUGGACGACUAUUGGGAUGAAUUGGAGCUUGCAUGGCAUGCUACGCAAAAUCCAGAACUGAGAGGGGACUUUCGACUGAUCACACUGGCCAACUAUAACCGUGUAGCUCUGUCUACAUGUCGAGCUCUAUGGGCUCAAUUCAAUCCUUUGCGAAUGGCUUUUGGCCUCGCGGUGCUUGCGGUGGGCUUCAUUGCCAGUUGGACAAUGUAUUCCGGACUUAGAGAAGCCAGAUAUGAAUGGGGUAAGUGGUCAGCUCCGCGGGUAUCAAAAAGCCUUCGUGGGAUGUCAGGAGGAGCUGUCCUUGGCCUUGUCCUGUCUCUCGGCCUCAGGAAAUACCUUCAGGGUAUUGACUCCCUUGACUGUAUUCUAUUUGCCGCACCUCUUCUAUCUAGCAUGCUAAUUAUCAUAUCUUUUCCCCCCAAAAUUUCAACCCUGAAAUCAAUCCCGAUUCCCCUUGUUCUUCAUACCAUCACAUUCUUCUCCAACUCUUUUACAUUUUGGGAGGACCGCGUUAUCCUCUACCUCUGUCUAACGUCUAUUGUCCCAUUCGUUUUCACUGGGAUAACAGCGGCCACAUCCCGCCUUCGGUACCGCAUCCUCGGGUUUUCGUUCUUGUAUGCGGUAUGCGUCAGACUCAUGGCGAUAAGUACGAUCUGCAGAGAAGAACAGCAGCCUUAUUGUCAUGUCACAUUCUACUCCUCUUCCACUCUUCCUACCCCUCCCGUGCCAAUAUUAGUUCUCGCUGUCCCAGUUGCAGUUGGCAUCCCAUAUAUCCUCCAACGUUUCUUGCAUGUCUCCCGUUCAGACGUGGGACUAGCCCACUUUUUCAUUCCUAUCGUCCUCAUCCCGGCAUUGCUCGCAGGCACCGGGUACUGGAUACUGGAAUGGCUCGAUUCCACAGGGUAUUUGGGUGAUGCGUGGACCACCACGCUGCGUAUCAGCAGGACAUAUCUCGCUCGUGGCUCAUUCGCUCUUAUACUCCUCGUUGGUGGUCUACUUUGGUGGUUCUUCACCCUCUGCAUAGACGUCUCUAUCACGGAAGAACCAAAUAAAAAACUACGCAAAGUCGAAGUCAUCGGGUUCGCCAACGCUUUCGGUGCGCCAUAUCUCCUCUUCUGGAGUAUCUUCUUCGUUUUGGUGUAUACAUCUUCCCAGCUGACGAGCCAAGUUGUCCUUGGACUAGGCGCCGUAGCUCUUCUAGCGUUCUUGGAAGUCGUUGACAGCGCGCGUGACGCCAGGUACUACGAAGAAGCCUUCGCUUCCUCGAAUCCGUCGGUAAUUUUGCAACCUACGAAAGACCAAUCGCCCAUGAUUCGAUUCGCUGACAUCCUGCCAAUCGCACUACUUGGGCUUCACACAUUCUUCGCAACAGGCCACCAGUCCACGAUAUCUUCCAUCCAAUGGAAGUCUGCCUUCCUGCUAACGCCAAGCGUGACUUACCCAUUCGCGCCGAUAACCGUGGUGCUGAAUUCUUUUGGACCUGUGUUCCUUGCGGGGAUUGCUGUGCCGCUGUUGGCACUAUGGAAUCGUCCUCCUCUGUUCAUCUCAUCAGCCGACGAGCAGCCGAGAAUUGAUGUCAAAGUUAGAGGGGAAAGCGUCAUGGCUGCGCUUGGGAUGAUGAUGUAUUAUGCGUCUUUGCUGCUGGGUACUGCUGUGAGCGCGGCGGUGCUGAGACGGCACCUCAUGGUGUGGAAGGUAUUUGCACCCCGGUUCAUGGCUGGGGUGCUUGGUGUGCUGGUUGUAGACGUUGCGGUGCUCAUCGGAGUGGGCAUAGGUCUUGAGAGGAUUCGUUGGAAGUUGAAACCGCUGAGUGGCAUGUUCCGUGGCGCAUCUAAGCAAGAUUAAGUGCUCGGCCGAGUACCCUGAAUUUAACCGAAGUGUGCUUGAAAGGAGUUCAAAAACAACUGAACAACUGUAUCUGGUUGCAAGGUCAUAGCAGGGCUUGUAAAUAGUAAUCUAUCAUACAUAGAUCAUUGGAUUUCAAGUUUCGGUCCGAGAUUCCGGCACCAGGUCAUGUAACGUUACCUCUCUACACGUCAUAGGGCAACGUUUACUCGACCACAUACAUACAUCUAAUUAUUCC